UUAAUAUUAUUAUAAUGUAACCCAUGAUCCGUCGAAACACUUGUCCAUCUUGGCUAUUGCUCGUAGCGUAGUGAUCAUGUUGCUAGUGGUUUUGGUUCUACUACCGUUUGCGUUUGGUCAAACUUCCGACGAUAUCGACAGAACUGCAGACCAUAUCACAGCUGUCAAUCCUCUUGGAAAUCCCUAUCCAAAUGAUACGAGACUUCACAUUCUCAACGGAGAACUGCGGGAGAACGAAACAUUAAACGGGACAUUAAAUCUCUGCUCCAAUGGUUCAAACCUGGAGCGAAUUGACCUUGCCAUCACCAGCAAUAAUGACUCUGCUGUAAAAAGUGAUGAGAUGCCGCGCCGCAUGAAAAUUUCCUAUUUUCGCGGCUACAAAAGUCUGGUGUUCUAUGCACGCGCUGAAGACUUGUGGAUUAUGAAAUUCAGGGACUUCCUGGAUCUUCCGAAAUUUAUGGGUGUUCAUCGUAUCGCACUGCCGCAGACCAAUCGCAGCGUCUCUGAAGUGGAAGAAGCCUUGGCUGAGGAAGGAAAGGCCAAUGUGAAAAUUCACCUUGCCGCUUUUGAACCGGCAGUUGCCAUUUACAGAUAUAAUGGCUCGUUUUCCACAUUGACCGUUUUACCGUUUUCCUUCGUGCCAGCUAUAAAGGACAAAGUUUUCGCUAGAACAUUGCCCUUGAACAAAUUGGGAGAUUUUCCAGAGCGAUACUAUAAAUUCGAUCGACACUUUUCUGAUGUUCUUUUGGGAGUAAAGUCUGGUAUAAAGGCGCUGCUAUCACGUCCGUUCACCCGGGCAUUUUCCUUCCGCAUGUACCUCGACCGGCCGAUGUCCAUACAGCUCCUGCCGGAACUGGAAAAGCUAAUGUGGGAGCGCCUUCACGCUAACACAACAAAGGACAGCAUAGGGUUCCCGCAGGUACGGCUGUGGAACCUGGACCCGGACGAACUGAGCGUCGAUUUCUUCAUCUUUUUCGUUAGCGGAGUAUGGGAUUUGUUGGCUCAUCUCGACAGCCGAUUAUCGUACGCGAAAGUUAUUUAUAAUAGACUCAACGGGAUCACUCUGGAUAAGAGACGAUCUGACGCCGAUUCUGGGAUGGAUGUCUAUACGCUCAGCAGCGAGCCUCCGCUGGAUGGUGCACAGCAGAAAGCGUCUGUUCUGCGAGCUUGCCAAGAAGAGACCUUUAUGAUUCCGCCAUCACACUGUCCCGUGACAGGUGUACUUGUUUUGUAUGUUCAGUCGACGAUGGUACAUUAUUUGCGUAUCAGUUUGCUGGACGAAAAUGAUGGAUAUGUAGAAAAAACUUUGAAUUCCGACCAAAUCUUAAACGCUGUACGACAAGCGUUUGCUGAAGCCAAUCCCAUAACAAUCGAUAACAUUACACUGACCAUUAGUUUAAGUGGCCGAGAAGACGACAUGCAGACAGUUGAUGGGAACGAUGUGUCCAAAUUCAGUUUCUCCUUGUCGUACUCCAAAAUUGACACCGGCUUUCGCUGGAAAUUAUGGCGCUAUCCGACGAAGGAAGUCAUCAACAAGUUCCUGCAGACAGCCGAUGCCAGAUUGGUUGAUACAUGGAUACUGCCUGUGCCUGUCAGUUUUGACAAUCUGUAUUUAGCUUCGUAGUAGAAAUAAUUUCGCAGAAUAAAUCUUGCAAAAGUCUCAACGGUCUUGGGAUAACCUUCUGUUAAAUAACAAGAGAAAAUCGUUAAAGACGGGAUCGUUUUAUAGCAAAACUUUUGAC